UAGUCAGACCUCAUCUGAAAUGCUGUGGACUAUAAACUCUUACUCUUAUUGAAGAAUUUAUAGUCCACGUUUGGUAAUGAAAUAGAUCUGUAAGAAUGGCAGGGUAGGAUCAUUGCAUUCCUUCUAGAACAAUACAUGCUGUGAUGGAGGUAAUGAUUUCUUUAAUUUUGUGCAUUACUGUUUGAAGUGGUAAUUCAAAUUUUUCCUCUAAACACUUAUAAUACAUUAUAGAGAGGUUUUCUGGCCUAGGUGCUUUAUCUUAAAAGUAAAAUUUAAUUGCUUGGUUUAAUUUAAUCUUUUGGAUGGUGGCAGGACCGUUCAAUGUAAGCCAUCCUGAGAUGCCAUGGAUAAGGGAUGGCAUAUAAAAGUUUUAAAUGAAUGAAUAAAUAAAAUAUUCCGUUUUAGUCCAAUGCACAUUUUUCAAUAUGGGCAUCUUCUAUAUGUUGCUCCAUUCCAUCAUCUUAAGUUGUUGAUUUUUUUAAUUCUAUAAUUUCUUUAUAAUUUUCCUAUAUCUCUUUUUGAAAUUACAGUAUUCCUUGCAAUAGCUUCUUUUUCGGAGAAACAAUUUCUAUUUUUAUCUGUUCUUGAGUUUUCUCUUUUAAUUGAUUGAUUUGAUCUGAAAGUGCCUGAUAUUAGCUUGUAGCUAUUUGAGUUUGAAUGCUUGUUGAAUUUUUUUCUAUCAGAUCAGACACACCAUUUUCUAGGGUUUCACCUUGCUUCUUCUUAUUUUUUGGUCUCACUGUUGCCAUUCUGUAUUUCUUCUUCUCUUUAUAAAUUCUAUACACCUUUCUCAUUGAUUAAAAAAACUUAAGCUUAUACAUAACAAUUUAAGUCUAAAACUGCAAAAGACAAUUUUCCUAAGAUUUCAUAGAUUUUUUUAGAGGAAAUAUCGAUAUAUUUGAAAAAAGAGGAAGAAAGAGGAAGAAUAAGAAAAUUAGAGAAGAGAAAGGAAAAGGGGAGGAGGAGAGAUGAAAAUUAGUAUAUUCUUUUAACAAUUUUUGAUUGACCACAUUCUAUUUUAUUAUUACUCAUUAAUAUGAAUCAAUUUGUUUAAAAAUAGACUAAGACUUUUUCAGGAUAUCUAAUCAGUUUUCUAUUAGUCCUUCAACAAAUGGAAAAAAAUAUUCUUCCAAUCAUGAUUGCUUAUUUUGAUUUUUUUCAAAAUUCUUAAACAUUUUCCCAAGUCCAAAUUUUUGCCAAAUCCAGCAGAUGGCGCCACUUGUUAUAAAGCAAAGCCUAACUGCACCAGAGACUCCAAGUUCUUUUGUCUCUCCCAUACAAAAGGAGAAAGUCCAAAGUUCUCAAUUUUUCCUUAGCCUGGAGAGAAGACUGUCCAGAACGUACAAGAGCACUGUCAAAAUACAUCCAGAAUUCCAGCUGGUCUUUAAGGAAGGUCCAUUCUCUGAUUUGUUCUCACAAUAAUUUCAACUCAAGGAGAAAUGGCAUCUGAUCAUCCAUAGUUACUGUCUUUUCCCCCACAAAAGAAUACCAGUUGCUUCAAAUUGCCAUCAGCUGUUGGUGUCCACUCCAUUAGUCUUUUUAACCUAAUUAAAGAUUGGAUGGAACACAGCUGGCCCUCUGGAGGUUCUCAUAGUUCCUUGUCCAAGUAGGUUAAAAAAAAUGCUUUCCAGAAUCCCAAUUGCAGCAAGCAUAUGAAUAAUGUUACCUUGUCUUGAGAGGGAGAAAGUAGCAAAGAACUCCGGGAAAAAGGAGGGAGGUGAUUUAAAAACAAAUCCUUGUUUACCUUACCUUGUCAUCUUGAUGGGAUCAGAAUUGUUCAAACUUUACAGGAAGGCUAAGCCUGAGGUGUGUCAGGUCUUCAUCAUCGAAGAGGUGGGGAAAGUACCUUUUCCUACCAGUAUUUAGCCCUGGCAAGAGAUAGUACCAGAGCACUUAGAGAGUGCUGCCUAGCAUAUUGCUAUCUUUCCUGGAAGUCACCAUGAGUGAAACUUCUGACAGCAUUAUUGAAUUUGCAAUUUCCAGUUUAAAUCUGGGAAAAUGUAAUACAUGAUAAACACAAAGAAGUCAUGUGCUCUCUUCAAUGCACUUGUUUAAAUCUUCACUGUUUACUCUAGCUAAGUAAAUGCACUCUUAAGCAUUAAGUACUAUGAACUGUUGAGUUAAAGUUUCUUUGGUUUUGUGUUAUUUACAUAAUACCCUUCUCAUAAAAGCAUUUUCUGUACAAUGUAGUGCUAAACAAGUAACAUAUAUUUGGAAAUAUAAGUUACAUUGAGGAACAAAAAUUAUUUUGCCAAAUCCAGAGUCAUACUUAGACUAUUAGGAACAGCUAAAUUAGUAAAUUAUGAGGGUUUUCUGAAGGUUUUUGAAUUGGGAGAUUGUAAUGUAUGGAUCAGGUUAAUUUGCAUAAGAAAACAGUUUGCAGUAGAAAAUGUUUUCAUUCUCUAGAGUGGGAUAGACAAUUUGUGGCCCUCCAGAUGUUGUGGCCUUUAAUUUCCAUUGUUCCUUACUGCAAUAGGCCAAAGUAUCUGGAGGGCUAUAAGUUACCCAUGCUAGAGUUUUUUUAAACCUUGUGUUCGGAAACAAGACUUCGAAAUAAGGUACUCCUUAAUUUUUGUCUCAAUGCACUUCAAGUAUUUGACCUGAUAUAUUUGGAGGGCAGAAAUAAAGCAUGACUAAAUAUGAUUUAAAGUUUACAUUACUUUGAUAUUGUAUUGGAUUUUGUGUAAAAAAAAAUAAAUUCAGUAGUACGUAUUUCCCUUACAUUGUAUACACUUAAAAAUGAAGAUUCCGGAAACCGUUAAACAACAGGUUGGGAUGUUGACAACCAUUCAUCAUUUAAAGCUGAAAUCAAUCCCUGUCCACUGAGGGUAUUGCACCUUCAGUUUCUCUAUCUCUAUUUAAUAGUUAAAUUUCACUUUAAAAUGUGUGAUUUCAGUGACUGGGCUUGCAUGACACAGCAUCCUAUCAUGGUGGGUUGCCAUGUUGUGCAAACUUGGGCCAUCUCCUGCAAGGUGACUUCUUUAUGGACAACGUGGAUUGCUGUAGGUUGUCGUGUCCUUGCCACUCCUGCUGAGUUCACCCAGGUCAUCUAUGACAGCCACUUCACCUAGUGCCCAGGGAACACCACAAAAAGAUGUCAUAAUAAAAAAUGAUUCACCAACUACACUGUUGUUAGAAAAACAUGCAGACUACAUAGCUGCUUAUGGAACCAAGAAAGAUGAUUAUGAAUACUGCAUGUCAGAAUAUUUAAGAAUGAGUGGUGUCUAUUGGGGACUGACUGUGAUGGAUCUUAUGGGACAGCUGCAUCGGAUGAGCAAAGAAGAAAUUUUGGCAUUUAUCAAAUCAUGUCAACAUGAAUGUGGUGGAAUAAGUGCCAGCAUAGGACAUGAUCCCCACCUCUUAUAUACACUUAGUGCUGUCCAGAUUUUAACUCUGUACGACAGUCUCCAGGUUGUUGAUGUAAAUAAAAUUGUUGUUUAUGUGAAGAACCUACAACAGGAAGAUGGGUCAUUUGCUGGAGACAGAUGGGGAGAAAUUGAUACAAGAUUUUCUUUUUGUGCAGUAGCAACACUGUCCCUUCUGGGGAAACUGGAUGCAAUUGAUAUGGACAAGGCAGUAGAAUUUGUGUUAUCCUGUAUGAAUUUUGAUGGAGGAUUUGGUUGUAGACCAGGAUCUGAAUCUCAUGCAGGACAGAUCUAUUGUUGCACAGGAUUUCUUGCCAUAACUGGCCACUUGCACCAAAUAAAUGCUGACCUGCUAGGCUGGUGGCUCUGUGAACGUCAGUUGCCAUCUGGUGGCCUUAAUGGAAGGCCAGAGAAGUUACCAGAUGUGUGCUAUUCAUGGUGGGUGUUGGCAUCUCUGAAAAUAAUUGGCAGGUUGCAUUGGAUUGAUAGGGAAAAGCUACGCAGCUUUAUCUUAGCGUGCCAAGAUGAAGAGACUGGUGGAUUUGCUGACAGGCCAGGAGAUAUGGUGGAUCCAUUUCAUACCUUGUUUGGAAUUGCUGGACUAUCAUUACUGGGAGAAGAACAAAUUAAGUCUGUGAAUCCUGUAUUUUGUAUGCCUGAAGAGGUCCUUCAAAGAAUAAAUGUACAGCCAGAACUUGUGAGCUAGGUUUUCUUGUGUAGCAAUGUUUCCAUAUUCAGCUGCUUGAAUUUUUCUGUCAAGAGACGUUUCUAAAUGUGUUUACAUGAUGAAUUACCACUUUAUUGUAGGCAUUCUCAUGUUUGUGUACUGUAUCCAAAGUAAAUAAACUGAGUGUUACAUGUGCUUGAGGUUUUCCAUAACAGAUGUACAUAAAUAUUUACAUUUUCUUGAAAUAUGUUUGACUCUGGACUUUAUUCCACUCAUAUUACUUCAAAAUAACAUUAGGCACAGUAGAUGACUACUUGAAUUGUGUGACUUUAUAUUUGACACAAUCAUUUACCCAUCCUGGUGACAGUCAGCAUGUACUGAAUUGUCCUGAGCACUCUUUCUAUGGAGAAAAAAUUAUUUGCUUUUAUGCCAGUGACACUUUAUGAAUUUGAGUUCCUGUUUAGGAUCUACUAUAGUUUUUUAUCCAAUUAGAAUUACAUUUUCUUGUACUACAUUAUACUAGAAAUUCUGUGGUACUCAGAACUGCUCUAUAUUAGUGAAAUGCUUUAAUGAUUGAUAAUGCAAUUAUAAUGUAUUUGGUUUAAAUUAAUGGGCUUGCUGAAUUUUAGAAUUUGUUUCUUUGGCCUACAGUAUUUAUUGUAACUGUGGUUUGAAUCCCAGUUUCAGUAGCACUUAAACCAGUAAUAUAUAGUCAAGAACACAACUAUAGAAGAUUGUUUUUUGCAAGAAGAAAUAUUUGCUUCCUCUGGAAUUCUAGAAGUGCCUCCAUUUCACAUUUCUCAGAAUUGUGCAUUUGUAACUUGGCUGAAAUCUAAGUAUGAAAUGGAAUUCUGCUUGAUGUAAAUUAAAGUUAUGAAGUAACAGUU